AUGGCCUUGGUUUCCAGAAGAUCGACUAGAUCGGAAAGCACCUCAAUCACAAAGGAGGAGCAUGCGGGUGGAACAUCCUGGACGAAGUUGUUCUUUCGAUGGCUCGUUACCUUAGAAGGUGAUCAGGAUAUAAACAAUGGAAAAGGUUACAUGUCGAUACCCAACGUUUCGAAUUAUAUAUUCUUCUUUGGUGGUAGGUUAAGAACAGUGAAGGGUGCCAAACCAUUGUGGUUGGGAGUUCUCUUCAUUAUUGUAUGUCCCAUGGUUCUCUUUUCCGUCUUUGAGACACAUAAAUUGUGGCAUACCCAAAAAGGUUAUAAAGUGCUGGUCAUUUUCUUUUAUUAUUUUUGGGCAAUAAUGCUGAUAUCUUUCAUCAGGACUGCCACUAGUGAUCCCGGCGUACUCCCGAGGAAUAUUCAUUUGGGCCAGUUGCAGAAUAAUUAUCAGACCCCGCAAGAAUACUACAAUUUGAUAACACUACCAACGCAUUCGUCCGUCUUAGAAGAUAUCACUAUCAAGUACUGUCAAUCGUGCAGGAUAUGGAGACCACCGAGGACUUCCCAUUGUUCGACGUGCAACGUUUGCGUGAUGGUUCACGAUCAUCAUUGCGUAUGGGUCAAUAACUGCGUAGGAAAAAGGAACUACCGGUUUUUCCUAAUAUUCCUAUUGAGUGCCAUAUUCUCGUCAGUUUUCUUGCUUACUAAUUGCGCUAUCCAUAUUGCAAGGGAGUCCGAUGGGCCUCGCAAUUAUCCCGUGGCAUUAUUGCUACUCAUAUAUGCGGGACUAACCAUAUGGUACCCAGCAAUACUAUUUACAUAUCAUAUAUUUAUGGCAGGUACUCAGCAAACUACAAGAGAAUUUUUAAAAGGUAUCGGAUCAAAGAAAAAUCCUGUAUUCCAUCGCGUGGUAAAAGAGCAAAACAUCUAUGAUAGGGGCUCCUUCUUGAAAAAUUUAGGCCACCUAAUGUUAGAGCCAAGAGGCCCAAGUUUUGUCAGUGCGAGGAAACUGCAUGAAAAUGGAGAUUGGAGAUUUAUGAAUUUAUCACCAGCACACAGUUUUGAGAAAAUUUAG